AGGAAAAUGACCGUUAGAGACGGACACUCUUCCUAAUUUUCCAAUUCAGAGAAGAAACAAAUUAGGUUUUCUAACUGUAUCACACCGCCGUGUGUAAAUAUCACCGAGGAGAGAGCGAGAGAGAGAUAUGGCUGGACAAAGCCCUGAAAAGAUGGAGGGGAGUAUGUUUAGCCCAAGGUUCAGGUCCGCGGCCGAAAUGGCAGGCUGGGAUGAGGAAACUCUUCUUUUAGUUGUUGAAGACACCCCCGACCGACAAAUCAAACAUAAGAGACGCACUGAUUUGCAGUUCAAGACCCCUCCUCUUUCCAACUCCAGAAGAAAACGCAGGGUUCAAAGGAGGAGUCCGGCUUCUAUACCUGCGACGGUUCUUGAUCUUGAUGUUGUUGAUGAAUGUCCUCAGAAGGGGAGUGAAAAGAAGAAAAAGGAAAAGGAGAAAAGCCCGAGUUCGUGCAAGAAAAAAGAAGACUCUGCAGCAAUUCUGUGUAUGGAUAAACUCCGUGAAGAACUUUCAUGUGCUAUCUGUCUAGAUAUAUGCUUUGAACCUAGUACAACUCCAUGUGGACACAGUUUUUGCAAGAAAUGUCUGCGGUCUGCUGCUGACAAGUGUGGGAAGAGGUGUCCCAAGUGCAGGCAGCUUAUCAGUAAUGGGAGAUCUUGCACUGUCAACACUGUUCUUUGGAACACUAUUCAGCUCUUGUUUCCAAAAGAAGUUGAAGCAAGGAAAUUAUCUGGAAGUGUAGACAGUCAAGAACCCAAGGGCAAAAGCUUGGCAACACGCAACAGAAACCAGAGUGUCUGCCCCUCGAAUGAUGAUUUAGGGACAGAGCUUGAGAGCUCAGCAAGGAGGCGAAGUAAUCAAAAUUUGAGGAAUAGGGGUAUACGGCCUUCUGGGAUAUUGACAAGAAGGGUAAAUGAAGAUGCUAGAAAUAGGGUGCAGAGAAGAGAGCUUUUGGCUGUUCAGGAUGAGGAUGCUGCGUUGGCAGUAAGACUGCAGAGAGAGGAGUAUAUGGAGGCUUUUAGGCCAUCUGAUGAACGACAACCACCACCACCACCACAACAAAGAAACUCUUCCACUCAUUUGGCUAGAGCUAACUUGAGAGCUAUAGCAUCAAGAGCCAUGAACAUGCGUGUUAGAGGGCGCCAGAACUAAUGCCUUGUUGGUUAAGACCACCGCCAUUUGUUUGUCGAAGAAUGUUUAAAUCUUUGUCUGGCACUUCGUGUUUGAACCAAGGAAAACUAAAAACCAUUCCUGAAUGUGUCUUUUCUUACUUAGUUUGAUUUUCGAUAGAAUAAUUACAUUGUUUGAUUAAAACAUUAUACAGAUAUUAUGUUUGAACACAAAACCUGCAGACUAAUAAAUAUAUGUACGAUGUGUUUUACUU